AUGAUCCGUCUGUUGCUGCUUUGGAUCACUGUGGUGCUGGUGGCUGCUUUGGAUGAGCGCGAAUUCGAUCCACAGGUGGCACCAUCACCAAGUUUGGUUCCCAAACCGUUCCAACUAUGGCGAAGUUUUGCCAGUCAAGUGCGCUUGGCCUUCAGUCCCUUUCAGCCCAAAGCACCCACUCCCCCUCCACCUCCUCCUCCCCCCACCGUUAAGACCAGGAUGGGUAUUACCACCAGUACUCCAGAGCCAGAACUGCAGUUCUAUGGAGCUCUGAAUCCCAUAUAUCAAACGGGGAACUUUUAAUUUUACUUAAACAUACUUUAUUACGAAAUUACUAGACUACAAUUUGUGUUUGCUGCAACA